AACAAUGCUUCAGUGUUAGAAAAAAAAGUAGAGAGUGAGAAAAAGUACAUAGUGUGCAAUAGAGAAAAAUUAUUUAAUAAAAGCAAAUAAUUUUAAGAGUGAUGAAGAGAUAAUAUUGUAAAGAAUAUUGGGAUUAUCUAGUCAAAAAAAAACGAAUCAUUCAACGAAAAGAAGUACAGUUUGGUUCGUUACAUGGAAAACCGAAUAAUAAAGUAAAAGAGAGGUUAGAGACUAGCGAAUUCCCAGAAAAGAAAAGGUUAUAGCGAUAAUAACUGUAGAAACGUAAAUAAUAGAAAGUCUUUUCAAUUGGAAACAUACAUAACUCAAUGCUAACAAAACAUUGUUAGUGAGGUUAUUUAGAAGAUCGAAUAUAACGUUAUUAAAUUGCAUGUAAACAAAAAUUACUGGACAGUAUUCUUCUUCAUCAAUUGCUACAAAUAACGUGUGCGUAAAAAUUCCUCAACUCUAUUUUGUCUUUUGUGUUUACAUAUCGAAAAUGAGUGUUUUCAGUGAUGAAACAGCAAAACAAACUAAAACUUAGGAUUAAAUUAAUAGUGAAAUAUAUUAUCUACAGUGCAUCUAUUAGUUAAGAGGUGUCGUGCAAUUAAAAUAUUUACAAUAAUCAAAUUAGAUUAAUAAUAAUUACGUAAUUAAAUAUAAAAUUGUUAUAUUAGUGCUGAGUAGUUAAUUACUGAUUAAUCAUUUUCAAAAUAAUCAUUGAUUAAUUUAGUAAUGGAUUUGAAGUUUUUGGAAGCAAAUUUAAGAAUGAUUAAACGUAUUAAUCAAUAAAUGGAUUACAUGAUUAUUUAGAAUCACGUGCAAGAGAAAUUUCAAAAUUUCUGCUAAGACUAUAAUGUAUCCUUGGUACAGGGAAAGCGUUGCAGCAGCUGCUGCUGCCGGUCUUGGAGGCCCUGUUGGUGUUGUUGGUUCAGGAUUUUGUUCUACAGCUCCUGGACAAGGUGCUACGACUAUUAAAACAGAGAGUGGAUAUUCUGACUGCAUGCUUGCUCUCGAUUACGUCCAGAGUAAGUAUCCGUCAAAUUUAUACUUCCAGAAAGCCUCCUUCGCGUGGUCAGAAGGGCCAGAAGACGGAGGAGGUGGUGGAGGAGGCGGAGGAGGUGUCGGAAAUACUCAAACUGCAACAGGAAAUGGGACAACUGGUACAGGAACAGCUACCCCUGGAACUGGUGGAAAUAGUGGACUGGCCCAUUGGGUCAGUGUUAUGGCAGAACAUAUUCACAAUCCUCAUUCAGCGACUGGUGUUGGUGCAGUACAUCAUCAACAACAAUCACCUCCCCAACCACCAUAUCCAUGGAAUAAUGGACUCUCCAGUGAUCAAUGCAAUCCCCACGAAAAGGAUGCUGACUAUUGGGGCACUGGACGUGGUACAAAACAGGGAUAUGAGCAUUUUUUGUUGCAGGCCAAGAUGAAUGCAGAUCACAAUCAGUUACAAAAAGGAGAUGAUCAAUAUCGAGGAACUGGUGGAAGCAGUAGCGGAAGUCCGCCAGCAAGUCUCUUAGUUGUGCCACAACCAUUGACAGUUAAACCCUCACAUCCAUCACAUCUAAACCCCCAUCUUGGGGGUCCACAUCCCCCUAGAAAAUAUCAAUGCAAAAUGUGUCCUCAGAUAUUUGGCAGUAAAGCAGAUCUCCAGCUGCACACUCAGAUCCACAUGAGAGAAGCAAAGCCGUAUAAGUGUACGCAGUGUUCAAAAGCAUUCGCCAAUUCGUCCUACCUUUCGCAGCACACGCGCAUUCACUUAGGAAUAAAGCCGUACCGCUGCGAGAUAUGUCAGAGGAAGUUCACCCAGCUAAGUCACCUGCAGCAGCAUAUCCGCACCCACACAGGUGAUAAGCCUUACAAAUGUCGUCACCCAGGCUGCACAAAAGCCUUCAGUCAACUGAGCAACUUGCAGAGUCACUCUCGUUGCCAUCAGACAGACAAACCCUACAAGUGCAAUUCGUGCUACAAGUGUUUCGCAGACGAGCCGAGUCUUUUAGAGCACAUACCAAAGCACAAAGAGUCCAAGCACCUCAAAACCCACAUAUGUCAAUAUUGCGGCAAAAGUUAUACCCAAGAGACUUAUUUAGCCAAGCACAUGCAGAAACAUGCUGAAAGGACAGAUAAAAGACCACCAAUCAUUGGAACCGGUCUAAGGCCGUCCAUUCAUGCAAUGGCUCAUCAUCAAGAGCAUCACUAUUGGCCAAAAGUCAGUCCUGAUUCGGUUAUUGGUGACCUCCAUGACAGGCUGCCACAUCAUCACGCAGCAGCUGCUGCUGAAUAUCAUCAGAAUCAGAACGAUAUGUUACUUCAAUCGCAUGGUGGUCAUCGGGAAUCUAUUGAAAAUGAUUCUAGGCAACAAACGCCCCAACCGCCCGGAAAUCACCAUCCCAAUUCGAGUUCAGCUUUCACACCCAUUUCCUCCAUUUCCAUCAACUCAAUAUCCUCAAUGCAACAUCCACUAAAUCCUCUAAAUCAUCUACACUAUCCUGGUAGUCAUCAUCCGGCAUCGCGGCCUUACCUCUACGAAGCAUUUAAUUCACAAAAAGCAUCUCCAACGUCAUCAACUGGCGUUACACCUGGAACUAAUACCAACCAAAAUGCCACAUCUUUCCCUAAUCAACUGAUUAGUCUUCAUCAAAUUAGGAAUUAUGCUCAUCAACCGAAUUUAGGAAAUUUGGGAAAUCUCGGCAACAUUAGUACUUUGAGUAAUUUGGGCAAUCUUUCAGCAUCCAUGGAAAGUCAUGCUCUCUUAGGAGGGCUCAAAGAUAAACAGUAAAUCUAGGAUUUUUUCUGUUUAAUGUGUGUGGUACAUGUGUGUGAGAAAAUUCAUAACUCGUGAGAAUAUUAACAUAUUGGUGAGAACGAUAAGUUUUUAAAAAACAAAGUAUUAGAUUUUAUUUUAAAAUCUAUCAAAUUAUCAUGUUUAUAAACAGUUUGGAUAAACUCUGAAACAAAUUAUAUUAACAAAUAUAAACAAGUCAUACAGAGUCCACUUUUUAUGACAUAAUUGAGAAAAAAACGAAAAAAAAAAAGGAACAAAUUAAUGAAAGAAUUUUGUUCUCUACGAUCAUUUUGAAAAAAUUUUAUUAAUCGGUAAUUAUACAGAUCAGUAGCAACCCUUCGUAUCUCCAUACUAUCAUUUACUAUUCGUCGCUUCUCUUGUGCCAAUUAAAUAAAGUUUAAUUGAAUCGGUGUGCAAACAAUCAAAGAUUUACAGAACGUUUUGAAUUAUUGUGGUACUAAUAACAGCUUAAACUUGAUGCUUUUCAUGUUCUACAAGAAUAUCUUUUCUAUUAAUUUCAAUUGUUUAUUUUAUUAGCUUUUUUCUCUUAAUAAAAAAAAUGAUCAAAAUAAAAAAAAAAUUAUACAUAUUAUUUAUGUAACAACAAAAUAUACAAAAUAAUUAUUUAU